AUGUGGGCGACAUCGCCGAUUCUUUCGACGCUGGUCUUCUUCUACCUCCUGAUUUGCAUCAAGACCCUGCGUGCGCUGCUUGUGGUCUACCUGGUGCUCAGCUUUUUUGAUCCGCGGCCAUAUGAUGGCGUCGGGCGCAGAAUCCCGGCUCUCCGCAGGCUGCCAAUUUGGAACCAUGUGAACAAAUAUUUCCAGCCAAACAUAGUUUUCGAGGAGCCCCUAGAUGCCAACGCAAAGUAUGUGUUUGGCAGCCACCCGCACGGCGUCAUUAGCUACAUGUCACAGCUAAUUUCAGGAACCACGGGGAUGGGGAUCGAGUCGCAUUUUCCGGGACUGGUGGUCCGCGGAGUCACAAUGCCGGCGACCUUCAGCAUCCCGUUCUUCCGCGACUACGCGCUGGCCAUGGGCUGCUUAUCGUGCGACCGCAACUCCAUCCGCCAAAUUCUCUCUGAGCGCCGCCACAGGCUGCGCCAGUCGCUGCUGAUUGUCGUCGGAGGUGCUGAGGAAUCCAUGCUGGCACACGACGGGACCGCCGACUUGGUCUUACUCAAGCGCCGCGGCUUUAUUUUCGAGGCUGUCCGCGCUGGCUGUGACAUUGUUCCAAUCUACAAUUUCAACGAAAACUCAAUCUACCGCCUGCUGCCUAACCCGCCAGGUUCUCUUGUGCAUAGGUUUGAAAUGGCUGUGAGAAGCGCCUUUGGCUUCACCAUUUUGCUGUUCCAUGGUCGCAAUAUAUUUUUCACGCCAUACAAAACACAGCUGACAGCUGUGGUCGGCAGGCCGAUAAAGGUGGAGCGCAAUUUGGAGCCGACUGCGAAGGAUAUUGAAGUGUACCAUGCCCAGUAUGUCGAGGAGCUCACGAGGAUUUAUAACAAGCACAGGCCAAAGUAUGCGCCUGAUGCCAAGGACAUGCAUUUUGUUGCGUAG